AUGGACAUUCCACCACCUCCAACCCAUCGUUAUUCACACGGAUCCCGCGAACACAACACCAUCACACCAGGCAUGGACAAUCUCGGUCCCAGCUCACCGGGCGGUGGAAUCAGUGGAAUCGCCCUAGGAAUCGCCAAUACACACAGUCGCCAGAGCGGGAUCGAAGCAUCUCACGGCGUAAACGACGGAUACACCGGCCCCGCCGAGCGCGACUAUAACACAACCGGCUCCGACACGCCCUACGUACCCUCGGCAGGCUACACCAGCGGCGACUCAUUUCGUCCCGAACACUCCCACGCAUUGAACAUGGCGAGGGGCGGUGCGCUCGCUUCGCCCCCAAUGCAGACUCCCAGUCAGUCCUCAUCACAUCUGAGCGAUCCCGCACACAGCACAUACCAAUACCCCGCGCCGUAUUCCGGUCUUACUGAUGGGCCUUAUCAGCGACACUCGGCGUACAGUAAUGGCGAGAUAUCGAAUAUUAACCCCGACGACAUCGCCGAUGAUGGGGAUGAGGACUUCGGUCCACCGCGCAAUCGAGCUGCGCCUGCUGCGGCGGGCGCGACUGGUGGCGCCGCUGCUGGUGGCAUCCUGACAGGUCUCUUUGGUCGCGAGAAGAAUGCUGAUGUUGCUUAUAACUCGGUUCCCGGUGGUUUAGAGACCGGCGAGGGAUCCUCGGGGAGAUCACCAAGUAAUGGAGUGGACGGGCGCAAGAAGAUGGGCUGGAUUGUCGGUCUUGUUCUUGGGUUCGUGAUUCUGGGUGCCAUCAUUGGUGGCGCGGUGGGAGGUACAAUUGGGAACCGACAUCACCAGAACAAGUCGAAGACUGCCAGUGCGGAAACCGCUUCGGGUGAUGCGGAGACUAAUGGGGACCUCGACAAGGAUUCCUCGGAGAUUAAGGCCUUGAUGGGUAACAAGGAUCUCCACAAGGUCUUCCCUGGAAUGGACUACACGCCGUGGGGCGUGCAGUACCCGGACUGUUUGAAGUGGCCUCCGUCGCAGAAUAAUGUCACCCGUGACAUGGCUGUCCUGUCGCAGUUGACCAAUACGGUGCGUCUCUAUGGUACGGACUGCAAUCAGACUGAAAUGGUUCUUCAUGCGAUCGAUCGUCUCGAGCUGAAGGAUAUUAAACUUUGGCUCGGCGUAUGGAUUGACUCCAACACCACCUCUACCGAACGGCAGAUCAAGCAACUCUACAGGAUCCUGGAUGACACCAAGGACACAUCCAUCUAUAAGGGUAUCAUUGUCGGCAACGAAGCCCUCUUCCGCGCCGGCGCUAGCAAGCAGUCUGCCCAGACGACCUUGAUCUCUUACAUCAAAGACGUCACGAAAGAGGUCAAGAAGCGCAACCUAGAUCUAUCGAUUGCGACCUCCGACCUCGGCGAUAACUGGAAUGCGCAGUUAGUCGAUGAAGUGGAUGUUGUCAUGUCCAACGUUCACCCCUUCUUCGCCGGUGUCAGCGUCGACGUUGCUGUGGCGUGGACAUGGAAUUUCUGGCAGACCCAUGACGUCUACUUGACCCAGGGCACCAGCAAGAAGCAGAUCAUCUCAGAGGUCGGAUGGCCCAGUGGCGGAGGCAAGGACUGCGGUGACAGCAAGGUCUGUGACGAGAACACGCCUGGUUCUGUCGCCAGUGUCGAUAACAUGAACACUUUCAUGGCUGACUGGAUCUGCCCGGCGCUCGAAAAUGGAACGGAUUAUUUCUGGUUCGAGGCCUUCGACGAACCAUGGAAAAUCCAGUUCAACACGCCUGGGAAGGAAUGGGAGGACAAAUGGGGUCUGAUGGAUUCGGCACGCAAGCUGAAGAAGGGUCUCAAGAUCCCAGACUGCGGCGGCAAGACGGCCUCGUAA